AUGGCGGUGCUUGGUGCGCUCGGUUUCCUGCUGCUCAUGCUGGAGCAAUCCCGCAACCUCAGCCAACUGGAUGGUCUGCUGGCGGAGCCCACCAGGGAUCUGCCCCAGCUGGAGCUUUGGCUGCGGGCGGGCGAAACGCACGAGGACGAGCAGAAUCCCUAUGUCCAGUGGUUCCUGCAUCGCGAGGAAAUGCCCCUGAGCAUCCUUACGUACGAGGAAAACGAGGAUUGGCUGGGCGAUCCCUUUGGCCGCAAAAAUCUAGUGCUGGUGAUGAGCCUGGCCCAACUUAUGGCCAAUCGCGGAGCAGCCGCACCCAACCAGAAGGCCGGCGUUUUCUUCUACAUCCUCGCCGAUCAACUGGAGGACUUGUCCCUCGAGGAACAACUGGGAUUGGAGGACAGCUGCCGGAAAUUGUGGAUGCUGCACAAAAUCUACAAUCGCUUCUUUCUAACCCCUCAUGGCAUUUGGAUCUAUGAUCCUUUCAAGCGUCGCGGUGCCGCCUUUGGCCGAUUGGUUCGGUACCUUGGCUCAGAGCCCCUGGACAAACUGAUUUUCCAUGACAUGGCCGGCUAUCCCAUGCGGAUCCAGAUGUUCAGGUCCGUGUACACACAUCCGGAAUUCGACGAGCAAACGGGCUUGCUGACCAGCGUCUCUGGAGUGGACUUCCUGGUGGCCCAGAUGCUCAGGGAGCAGCUCAACUUCACCAUGCUGCUUCAGCAGCCGGAGAAGAACUACUUUGGAGAACGCUUUGUGAAUGGCAGCUACAAUGGGGCCAUAGGCUCGCUCAUGAACGACGGCCUGGACAUCUGUCUGACGGGCUUCUUCGUGAAGGACUACCUGGUGCAGCAGUACAUGGACUUCACAGUGGCCGUCUACGACGACGAGCUGUGCAUAUACGUGCCCAAGGCGAGCCGCAUACCCCAGUCGAUCCUGCCCAUCUUCGCAGUUGGCUACGACAUCUGGCUGGUCUUGAUCCUGACCGCCUUCGCCUGUGCCCUGAUCUGGCUGACCCUGCGGGUGAUUAGCCUGAAACUGCGGAUUGUGAGUUUGCAGAACCAGCAUCUGCUGGCGCAGGCCUUGGGCAUACUGGUGGACACCUGGGUGGUGUGGGUGCGGCUGAACCUGAGCCACUUGCCGGCCAGCUAUGCCGAGAGGAUAUUCAUCGGCACGCUCUGCCUGGUGAGUGUGAUUUUCGGCGCCAUCGUCGAGUCCAGCCUGGCCACGGUCUACAUUCACCCGCUGCACUACAAGGACAUAAAUACGAUGCAGGAGCUGGACGACAGUGGCCUGAAGGUGGUCUACAAGUACUCCUCCAUGGCGGACGAUCUGUUCUUUAGCGAAACCUCGCCGCUGUUCGCGAGCCUCAAUAGUAAACUCACUUGGAACCGGAACCUGCACGCGGAUGUCAUCGAUGAGGUGGCCACUUAUAGGAACAAGGCUGGCGUCUCCAGGUACACCUCGCUCUUCCUGGAGUCUUCGCGGUUCACCCUGCUCAACCAGAUUUGGGUGGUGCCCGAGUGUCCCAAGUACUAUACCAUCUCGUAUGUCAUGCCAAGGGACUCGCCCUGGGAGGAUGCUGUGAAUGCCCUGCUCCUGAGGUUUCUGAGCGUUGGUCUCAUCGUGAAGUGGAUCAAGGAUGAGAAGUCCAGGGUGAACAUUAAGAUGCAACGGAGUAUCCUGGAGGCCAAUGCCGAUUCUGAGCUCGUGCGGGUCCUGACCAUUGAGGAUCUUCAGCUGGCCUUCUAUGUGGUUAUUGUGGGAAAUCUGUUGGCUGCGCUGGGCUUCUUUCUAGAGCACUUCUACAGGAAGUUACUGAAAAGGGUGGCUGUAAAUAAGGCAAAAAAAUGA